AUGUCCGUACAGCUCUUACACUCCCACAAUAUACGGUACGCCGACUCGGCGCCGAGUCAACCCCCCCGUUCCUCAUCAUUCCUCCUCGGCCCUCUAGACUCGCUCGUCACACCUACCAUACCCAUCGCUAUCCUGUUCGUAUACACCAAACCGGCACAUCAUGCGUCCUCAUCCUUCAUGCCUCUACAACGCAUCAAGCAAGCCCUGUCGAUCGUCUUGGCUUCGUAUCCUCACUUGACCGGUCGACUCGAACUCCAUCCUCAAACCGGCGUGCGAAGUAUCACCGACUUGAACAAGGGUGCCAAUCUACUCGAAGCCAACUGCUCCGAACUCCUCGACGAAUGGAUCGUAAAACAUCCGCCCGGGACUUCCGCCCGCGACCCUUCGAGAACCAUCUCGAAAACUUUGUUCGCCCCUUUCCAGCCUACGCUCGGAUACGUCUGCAACCACGCCGUCUUGACGAUCCAACAUACCACUUUCGCAUGUGGUGGAGUCUCGUUGGGCUUUCGAUGGCUUCAUACCUUGUGCGAUGCUCAAGGAUCGAUCCAAUUUGUGCAAGAUUUCGCGAGGGUUUAUCGGGAGCGUGGGGAGGAGUUUGAGAGAGGGCCGUGCAUCGAGUCCUUCAUGAGUAGCCUGGGCUCCUUUGAAAAGGACGAGAGGAAGAUGUUAUUGGACUUCAAGCCCGAGAAGUACCACAUCGAUCAGCCUACGUCCGCCGAGACCGAGCCGACAAGCCCAAAGAACGACAAUUCCGACAAUUCCGACGAAGCUCCCGAUGAAACAUCUGACCCCGUGGUAGGACGAUUCAUUCAUUUCACUGCGACUUUACUCUUAAAGAUCAAGGCAACAGCUACCGACCCGACGUCGAAAUCCUGGAUAUCGACCUUUGAUGCCCUAUCCGCCCACCUACUUCAACGAGUCUACCUCUCACGAACCUCCGCCAGUCAGCGGCGAGCAGAAGACAACCCCUCGACAGCACCCCUACCGAACUUCCUGACACCUCUCAACUUGAGAUCAAGGCUCGGAGAAGCCCUUCUCCCACCUCGAUAUUUUGGCAACGCCCUCCAAUCCGGGUACACCGACUUGGACCUUCUCCUUCUCGCCACCCCGAACUCGCUUUCCGAGCUAGCCCGACAAAUUCAUUCCCUGACCGAUACGACUCUGAACACCUCCUUCAUCAGAUCCACCCUCCGAACCCUGUCCUGGAUUGCUCUACAGCCCAACAAGCUCCUCAUUCGCGAUGAAUUUGAAUACCGUCCAGGAGGGACCCUGAUGCUGAGCCAUUGGGGGAAGUUCGACGUCUAUAACCCCCAUGAAUUCGGGUUCGAGAGAGGUGGGGUUGGUCCAAGUCGGGUGAUGACGCCUUUCACGGAAACAUCGCUCGUGGAUGGAUUGGGGUAUCUGCUGCCCGUUUCUCCUGGGAUCGAAGGAAGAGGGUUGGAGCUUGCUCUGGCCCUACAGAAGAGUACGUGGGACGUGUUGGAUCUGGACCCGGUGUGGGGGAAGUUCGUAGCGAACCAGUUCGUGCAGUGA